UGGGUCGUUAUUCAAUGAGAAAGCAGGUGCGAAAUGUUGGUGACGCUCUGGGAACGAUUGGAUCUGUAACUCCGCAAAAUGAAAACAGCAGAAUUACACGAUCUAAACAUGUGCCCACUCCUAAAAUGUCCUCCCGGAAGAAGGCUCUCUUCGGUGGUGAGAACCAGAAAGUAAACAGAAACUUACUUGAUCCAGAAGAAGACUCUGAUCUGGGUCCAAUGAGUCCGUUGAAAUUUAGCAACAGUCCGAAACGGACUUUAGUCAAAGCAUUAAAUGUAACAUCUUUUCGCAAUAUCUUGGGAAAUGCUUCCCCUGAGAGUGACCGGUCCCUCUCACCAGAUUAUGAACGUCGUUUUUCCCAUUCAGACCGGUAUGAAAUUUUGUCCUCUGCUUGUGACAAGGAAAAUAACAUGUCUGACGACGAGACUCGUCACUCGUUUCCAAAGGAAAUGUCACGUGUGCGGAGUCCGUCCAAAAACGCACUGUUGGACGAAACAAACUCGAAUAGUUUAUCUCAGCUUAUGAACUCUGAUUUGAACAUUGUAGAUAAACGUACUCCUAUUCUUAAAACUCCUGGUGUAACAGAAGCAAACAAGGAAUCAAAACUCACGUUUAGAAAGUGCAGCGUUAUCAACAACCAUUCGACACCGAGUGAAUCAAAAGACCACAAAAUGCCGCUAGGAGAUACGACUAACGAGUGCAAAGCACGAACAUCUCUCACUUUCGGCGAUCUGCGGCCGAUUUCUACGAAAUCGUUUUAUUCCUCUUCCAUCGAGAAUGUCCCUCAACCCAAGCCUCAACCUUCUCGUUGGAGCCAACCACUAAAUUCAUCGUCCAAUGGUAAAACACCCGCAAAGCGGGCGCCAUCCAGUCACCGGAAACGCCCCAACACUAAAAAUCGUGGUAACUCAAUACGUUUGGGGAAUUUUAAUCGGGGAGUGUUUCAUAAAAUUAAGAAACCUGUUGCGAAAAAAUCAAAAAACAGUUUGAAAAAACUGUCUACUAGUCAAUUAUUGGAAUCGACUAGUACCAUAUUAGACAACUCUGUAGAAAAAUCCGUAAAAAGUGCCAGUAAAUCAACACCUACUUCUCCUCUGAUGCAACCUAAACAGCCACAACAAGAUGCAAAACUCGUUGAGCAAAUGGCUCGUAUUAAAAAAAUUUUGCAGAAUAUCAAAAACCCUAUCGAACAGGCACGACCGUUAUCUUUAUCGAAAUCAAUGAUGGAUUUAACGUGCUGUACCUUGUAUAGUGACGAACGGAACGAGUGUUCUCGAAGCGAGAAAUAUGCGAACGACGACGCGGACGAAGAUGGUGCGUACGAAAGUGACGAAAAUGAGGAUGCCAAAUCGGAGGGAGGAACCAGGUGUGGGGGAAAAUUUUUUAAAGCUAACUCUAGCAAACGCAUUAAACGAGAAUACAAGAUUGUUAACAAUAUGUCGGCGACCGUGCAGAAGGGCGGAAAAAUAAGCCUCAAUCAAAGAAAGCAACGCAAACGAAGGUUCCAAUCGAUUUUCGAUGAGGAAUUCGACUUCGAAACCGAACAGCUAGAAGUGGAUGACAUCAUCAGCAAGCUCAACCAGUCUCAGAUAAACCACAAUCAAGACCGCUCAGUUAAGAAACCAUUGACUAUUGAAGCGGAGAACACAUCCCAAGUAUCUGGAAAACUGGUUCAAAUUGAAAUUGUAGAUGCUGCAAAUAACGAAUUAAGCGACGAUGAACCAAUACCGCUACAAUCGAAUGUUAUUUUUGUAAAUACUACUUCGCCAUUCAAUACAGCUUCGGAGGAAAGCAGCAGCUCGAUAACAGAAGCGCCUAUGCAUGACGCUAAUCUCACCUAUCAAGAAUCUCCAAUGAAUCAAGUUGAAAAUAUGGAUUCCGAGCUAACUAUAAUCAAAACAGUCAAUGAUCAGUUUCGAGGGACAGAGCCACCGCAGUCUAGGGAACAAGAAAAACUGUUCCCAAUAUUUUACAAAGAUCACCAACGAACUGUGGAUGGUAGAGAAUCUUCAGCGCACCCACGGUUCGGUUUAUUCGACCCGUAUCGACGAAGACGCCGGAACGUACAAAACUGGCGUCCGAUUGGUUCCAAUCAAUAUCAAAUUGACGCUGGACAGAAGCAAUACGGAGCUCAGCAAUGCGCGGAAUGCGGUUUGGUUUACAGUGUUCACGAACCAGAGGAGGAGCUUAUUCACGAGAACUAUCACAAUUCUCAACAAGUUUUGAAAUUUACUGGCUGGACCAAUGAGCCCGUAGUAGCCCGCGUUCCGGAGUGGGACGUAACGGGACGCAUUCUGGCAAUCACGAUAGCAGAAAACAAGCAGAGAUUGCAAAAAAUUAUGGAAGUCCUAUCGGUGGUAGAUCGAGAGUUAGGUUACGUUGAACCGUGUUCGCUUGUGCUGGGUUCAGUUGUGUACCUCGCUGUAGCUCGUUCAAUGGUUCUCGGGGUUUGUGUGGCGCAGCCACUACAGCAAGCGAAUAGGUUACUUACGAUCGACGGUAUCGAUGGAUCCAUUGAUUGCUGCACUUUGGAAACUUAUCCAGUAAAGUGCGGUGUUUCUCGGAUCUGGGUAACACCUAACUUCCGUUGUCACGGGAUUGCACGGACGAUGCUUACUGUGCUGAGAUCGCAUUUUAUUUUCGGCUAUCCGUUGAGCUUCGACGAAAUCGCCUUCAGCGCUCCGACCGAAGCUGGCAAACGACUAGCGGAAAAUAUUACCGGUCGCAAGGAUUUCCUUAUCUAUAUGUAGUGUUAGAACAUUGUUCGCUAUUUCGGACUGUGAGUAUUUGUGCAUAUUUUCUAGACUGUUGUUUUUUCCCUGUUUUUCUGUUGUUUCUGUUCUAAUAAUUAUUUUUUUUUU